AUGUUUCCCAACAUGUUCGGCCUUCACAGACGACAAAAUGGCCAAAACCUUUCAGAUUUACCCGCCAGCAUAGGGAAUCCUACGGCUUUACCUUCAUCUAUCGGUGCGCCAGGCGUUGCCACAGACACUGCUGCAGCAGGCCCAAUCGUAACCGCGGAAGCCCCUACAGGACUCACGACAAUUGUGGAAACGGUGACUCUUGCCAUAACCUCGCCAACCCCUACUACUGUCACGACUGAGAGGACGAGGACCGUCACUGAUGCUUUCGAAUAUGCGUCGCUCACCUCAGCGGAAGCGGCCUCCGCCACCACUACAUCCUCGUCACACUCUUCGUCUAUAUCUACAUCUACCUCAACCUCGACUGCAGCAGCAUCUUCUUCUUCUCCAUCCUCCUCGAAUCUCAGCACUCUCAUCCCAGCAAUCGUUGUUCCCGUGGUAGUUGUGCUAGCAGCUUCGCUCGGGCUUUUCUGGUUCUUCAUGCGGCGAAGACAUCGACGAGAGCUUCAAAACCAACCAGAAUUCGUCAUGGCUGGCAAGGGAGAGAAACUCAGCAGUCGAUCAAGCAGUGCUCGCUCGGCAGCUUCCAGUUCAUGGCCUGUCGAAAAGAAAUCCCCAGAAAUUGCUCAAAAGGAAUUCCCAUCAAUUGCAAAGUCCCCGCCAACCAUGAAGGCAGAGUUCAAAUCCCCCAGCAUAGGUGUGACGCGGGCUGGCACUCCUGGAGACUCGACUUCUCCUGUUAAUCAGGCACCACUGGGUCUCGGCAUGUCUGGGACGGCGAGAGGGGAUUCCCGCCCCUACCAGAACUUCGCUGGGUCUUCAUCUGCAGUGCGCCCAGCUACGGCCGGACGGGGUCAGCCUCCCGGGACUUCUGACAGAGAACAAAAUCGCAAUAGAAGUAGCAGCUCUCCUGCUCAAAGAGGCUUACCUCCCUCUUCAAGAUCAGGGCCAAGUCCAACACCGCGGUCUGGCCCGAGCCCAACCCCUAGAGGUCCGCCAGCUCCAUCCACUAUCAACACAACCCUUCACGCUGUAGCAAAUCCUCGUCCAAACGGGCCCCCGCCACCAGCUACCUCAGCACUUCGGUUACGUGAUCCAUCCCCUGGUAUGAGCCACAACACUCGCGCUCAAGCACCGUCACGUCUCGAAGCCCCCGGUGCCUACAACGGAAACUCCUCCAUCUCUCAGUAUUCACCUAUCGUCAAAGAUACACCGACCACAUCAACUCCAGUCUCCAGCAGCAACAAGCGAGGUCCGCCACCACCUCUUCAAACUUCGAACUUUGCUUCUAAAUCCUCCAAGUCAGGAUCGCCCACUGGUCUUACCGAAGAGAACUUGCGGAUCGCCCGAUUUGCCAAUUCUUCCCGGCUAGGUUACAGUGCAGGUGAACCAAGUCCAUCACCAAAACUGCCUCCCCCAGCAACACGCUCUCAGCUGAUCCCUCGAGAGAGUGCCAAGGAGUCUCACGAAAGAUUCUUUGCAGGAAGUGGCUCAGAUAGUCGGACUACUUCACAGCAUCGACAAGAAUCGACAAAGCGUGCUUCCAUGGUCUCGGACGCAGACGAAUAUGAAGACAUCGAUGCCAAGUCCGACGUAAGCAGCUUGAAUGAGUUUGAACGUUUCGACUUCACCGACGCCGCUGGCAGUCGUACCGGAAGCGCUGCUGGCCACUCGCUGAACUACUUCGCUGCGCAGAAUAGCCCUGCCAGUGGUCGAGGAAGUCCCUUCGGAAAUGUGGUUCAUGAACGGUGGUGA